UGGCAGAAAUGUCUGAAGAUAUUACUCAGAACGACGGCGUGUCGGCCAUGAGGAGGCCAAAGCCGCUGACCGUUGUCAUCAAGCUGGGGACGAGUUCAAUUGUCGACGAGAACACUCAUGAGCCUCUUCUCCCAAUCCUCACCCUGAUCGUGGAUACGGCGGUUAAAUUAAGAAAGGAUGGCCAUAGAGUGGUCAUUGUAUCUUCCGGAGCCAUUGGUGUCGGUCUUCGACGCAUGGAUGUAGCAAAGCGUCCCAAGCAUCUGGCUCAGUUACAGGCAUUAGCAGCAAUCGGCCAGUGCCGACUGAUUAGCCUCUGGGACAGCUUGUUUGCCCAUAUGGCACAGCCAGUGGCCCAGAUUCUGCUCACACGUAAUGACAUUGCGGAUCGAACACGAUAUCUCAAUGCUCAAAGCACAGUCAACGAGUUGUUAGACAUGGGCGUCAUCCCCAUUGUAAACGAAAACGAUACCCUUGCAGUUUCCGAAAUCAAGUUUGGCGAUAAUGAUACCCUUUCUGCGAUCACUGCGGCCAUGAUUCAUGCCGAUCUCUUAUUCCUCAUGACGGACGUCGACUGUUUGUACGACAAGAACCCGAGAAGCAACCCCGAUGCGAAGCCCAUCGAAAUCGUGGAGGAUAUUUCGGCCCUCGAGGCGGAUGUCUCAAGCGCCGGCUCAGCCCUAGGCACAGGCGGCAUGAGCACCAAGAUCAUUGCCGCAAGGCUCGGGACAUCGGCGGGCGUGACGACAAUCAUCACCAGGUCGUCAAACCCCGGCAACGUCCUGAGCAUUGUUCGCUACCUCCAUCAUCAGCCUACCAAGUCAUCAUCAUCAUCCGUUGCGCUGAAUCUCAUGGCUGCGUCGGAAACUACGGACGCGAGGCCAGCGCCGCCACUGCACACACGAUUCCUGGCUUCAAACGACCCCAUUCGGGACCGCCACUUUUGGCUCCUCCAUACCCCCAACCCCCAUGGCACGCUGUACAUUGACGAGGGUGCCCACAAGGCCCUCCUCACCAAGGCUGGCCUGCUCCCCGUCGGUGUAGUCGACGUCGAGGGAAACUUUGCCCAGCAGGAAGUGGUCAGACUGGUCGUCGUCAACCGGCGGUCGUCUCCUGCGCCGGAUGGAAAGCGCUGGGAGGGCUUGGGUGUGGAAGUCGGGCGAGCGCUCGUCAACUAUGCUGCGCCUGAAAUCGCGAGGAUCAUGGGCCACCAGAGCACUGAGAUCAGGGGCAUUCUGGGCUACGCGGAUAGCGAGUAUGUCGCACACAGGUCACACAUUGGGCUGUUCCGGGGGGAGAGCAGCGGCACCGCGACGCCGACGAGGGAGUUGCGCUCGCCAGCCAUGUAA